AUGUUUCCAUUUGCUCGUUGUGCAGCUCUCACGCUGCUAUUUUCGGCUGUCCCCACUCUUGCUCAAUUUCCAGCCGAGCCUGCUGGUCGCAAGGUGCUUGAGUCACGUUUCGGAGACGGUGUCACAAUUACCUACAAGGAGAAUGGCCUCUGUGAGACUACACCAGACGUCAAAUCCUAUUCUGGUCACGUGUAUCUGCCCCCUGGAACAGCAGACUUGGGUCAAGGACAAGACUACCCCAUCAAUAGUUUCUUCUGGUUCUUUGAAGCCCGCGAUGAUCCGGCCAAUGCGCCAUUUACAAUUUGGCUGAAUGGCGGACCCGGGUCCUCUUCCAUGUAUGCGUUGCUCGAGGAAAAUGGGCCAUGUCUUGCCAACCCCGACUCGAAUACGACGCGACCGUCGGAAUGGAGCUGGAACAGGGCAUCGAACAUGCUUUACCUCGACCAGCCAGUACAGGUCGGCUUCUCAUACGAUACAUUGCAAAACAUCACCCGAAACCUUGUCACCGGAGAAGUCAAGCUGUUGAAUGAAACGACACCUGUCCCCGAGCAAAACACUACUUUUCUCACAGGCACCUAUCCCAGUCGUAAACCUAAUAACACCGCGUUUGGUAGUGUCAACGGAGCGAUUGCAGCGUGGGAGUUUGCACAAGCAUGGUUCCAAGAGUUUCCUCACAUUUUCCCCAAUGACACGCGCAUCAGCCUUGCUGCUCAGUCGUAUGGCGGACGUUACGGACCUGCCAUGAUGUCUUUCUGGGAGGAACAAAACCAGCGGAUCGAGAACGGCACUCUGAAAGAGGGCUACAUCAUGCACCUUGAUACGCUGCUUCUUGUUUCCGGUUGCGUUGACCGCUAUAUCCAGUAUCCCUAUUACCCGCAACAAGCGUAUCGAGGCAACGGAUACGGACUUGAAGCCGUCAAUGAGACAAUCUACAACGGCAUGGUGGCAGCUAUCCCAGAGUGCUUGGAGAAAAUCCAGACCUGCCGCGAUGCUGCUGCUGAGUCUGAUCCAGAAAACCUGGGCAUUGACGCUCGUGUCAACAAGCUUUGUGAGGAUGCCGAGAGCUUUUGCCGCGCGCAAAUUGGCUUUCUCAACCGUGAGUGGGUCCAGGCUGAGCUCGGCGUUCCCCUUAAUUGGACGGGUAACUCUCCGCAGGCUUCGGCAGCUUAUCGUGGCAUCGGCGACUACCCACGCGAGGGCUGGGUUGAAGACCUCGGCUUCCUCCUGGACAAUGGCAUCAAAGUAUCGCUAGUCUACGGUGAUCUUGACUUUGCUUGUCCGUGGGGUGGUGGUGACGCCGUAGCCAAAGCAAUCAACUGGACAGGGUCUGCCGGGUAUGCAUCUGCACAGUAUGCCGAGAUCCAAACCAACGACUCCUACAUCGGCGGCUUGGUCCGCCAAUACGGAAACCUGAGCUUCGUCCGCACCUAUCAAGCCGGCCACGCCAUCCCCGCCUACCAGCCCGAGACCGCUUUCAAGAUCUUCACGCGUGCGCUGUUCAAUCUCGACAUUGCGACUGGCACCGAGUCGACUGCGGGCACAGACGAGACAAGCACGUACAUGAGCACAGGGCGUCCAGAUCCAGAUGUGCAGUUUGAGGCGUAUACCACCGACGCGCUAACAUACUGCUACACUUGGGAUCUAAGCUCGUGUACCCAAGAGCAGAUCAAUGCCGUGCGCGACGAAUCCGCAGAGAUAUGCCAGUACCUAGUUGUGGAUGCGAACACGACUCAGUUGUUCCCUGAUGUCAUUGCUGGAUGUCGUGCCGGCACGGGUGGUAACUCAAGUACGCCUCAGAUUCGCCAUGGGUUCAGGACACUACGUAGACCGUGA